AUGGCUCAAGCUCUCACCGAUAUAGACUUAUCAAACUACGAUAUCGUCUUGACAAAUCAAAGGCUAGAUCCCUCAUCUGUGCCCACCAGUACUCAGGUCCACCUGGAGGUAUUGGCGAAAGUACGCCGCCUUACCCUUGACGGUGCCGCCGCCUUGGCCGUCUUUACAACCACGCCAUCCUCGGAAUUUGAGCCGUUUCCUUACAACCCAGAGCCAGCCACUCCCCACGCUGGAGGCAACACUGCCCGGGGCGAUGGAGUAGGUGUGGGCAGAGACGCUGCCGAAGGACAACGCGCUGCUGCAGAAGGCGCCACUAAGGAGAACGACAGCGGUGUCGGUCCUCAGCACGACGAUGAUCUCGGCGCGAACCCCGCGUCGCUCAACGGUAGCGCUGUACAGGGAACGAUACGGCUUUCAUUUCAAUCGGACGAACAAUUCUGGGAUAUGAUGAGUCGCAGGGCCUGCGAAUACAUAGAAUGCAGUCCGGCGAAGUUCAGGGAGGCCAAGGAAGUAUACAUCGUCAAGAUGGCGACUCCAGGUAGCUGGGUCAUUACCUUGUUUGUGCGCAAGGAAGUGGAGGGACGCGCUGUGAGCCACCUCGUCAACCCUAUUCUGGCUCAUACGCCGCUCUGA